AUGGCUUCUCCAACACUGCCUUCGACAUCUUCGGCAAGUCUGAGCUCGCAGACGACUGAGGAAAAGCGAGAUCAUCGACCGAACCAAGAUAUAUCAGGAGCAUCUACACCACCGCCCACCUCAAAGUCCGAUCCUACAUUCAUCACCUGGACCUCACCAACAGACCCAUCCAACCCCUUCAACUUCUCUCCGUCGAAGAAAUGGCGGACCACCCUUCUAGCCUGCACCAUGACCUUCGUCGUCCAAGUCUCAGGAACAAUGCUCACAUCCGCCGCCGAGCAAAUCAACACCAGCUUCAACGUCAGCGAUGAAGCAUUUCCGCACUCGUACUGGCCGGUGUUAAGCUGGAACCUAGGAGGCGCCGCAGCACCACUACUAGGACUGCCCUUAAUGGAGAACUUUGGUGUGCGGUGGAGUUACAUGGCCAUCUACGCCGUGUUGAUCAUCUUCAUCAUUCCGCAGGCGUUGGCGAAGAACUUCGCGACGAUCUUUCUGAGUCAAAUCAUCUUCUACAGCGCUCUUAUGCCGGUGCUGUUCUUCCUUCUUCCUGAGGUGCGACCAGAUGUCAUCCUCACUCAGCGUGCACGUCAUAUUCGCGCAAAGACGGGGAAAGAGGUGUAUGCCCAGGCUGAGAAAGAGCACACAAGUUUUGGCGAAAUUCUCAAAGAGACGCUCGUUCGACCAACGCGUAUGCUGUGUACCGAAGGCGUCGUCCUUUCCUUUGGGUUAUGGAGUGCUUUCUGCAUCGGGACGGCCUUCAUGUUUACGCAAUCCAUCGUACAAGUCUUCUCAGAGCUGUACGGCUGGACAUUCUUCGGCACAGGCCUCGUGCAAUCCGCCGUCGUAAUCGGGGAGCUCAUCGGCCUCGUCGCAUCACUAGUCCAAGAUCGCAUCUACUUUGCAUCCGCGAGACGCAACACUGAAACCCCAGGGAAGCCGAUCCCAGAAGCGCGACUCUAUCUCAGCAUCCCAGCUUCGUUCAUCGGCCUGAGCGGUGGACUGUUCUACUUCGCCUGGACGUCCUACUCUUCCAUCCCGUGGAUCGUACCCAGUAUAUCGCUCGCUUUCGUGGGUUUCGGUAUGUUCUGCAGUACAGCGGGGGUAACGACGUAUGUGGUUGAUGCGUACGCGAAGUAUGCUGCGAGUGCUAUCGCGGGCAUUGCGUUUCUGGAAAACUUUAUGGCUGCUUUCUUGCCGCUUGCGACGCAGAGUAUGUAUCGUACGUUGGGGUUUAAUUGGGCGAGUAGUCUGUUGGGGUUUAUUGCGUUGGCGUUGAGUUUCAUUCCGUUGAUUCUGUUGAGGUUUGGGAAGAGCAUACGGGGGAAGAGUCCGUUUAUGAGUGAAGCGGGGUAUGAAGACUGA